AUGUCCAACCUGUCAAGACUCUCUGAAUUCAUCCUCUUGGGACUCUCUUCCAGGCCUGAGGACCAGAAGCCACUCUUUGCCCUCUUUCUCAUCAUGUAUGUGGUCACCCUGAUGGGCAAUCUGACCAUCAUCUUGGCUAUCCGCUCUGAUCCUCAACUCCAAAACCCUAUGUAUUUCUUCCUAAGCAUUUUAUCCUGUGCAGAUAUUUGCUACACAACAGUCAUCAUCCCUAAGAUGUUAGUGAACUUCUUAUCCAAAAAAAAGACCAUUUCCUAUGCUGAAUGUCUGACACAGAUGUAUUUCUUACUGGUCUUUGGAAACAUAGACAGUUACCUCCUGGCAGCUAUGGCCAUUGAUCGCUAUGUAGCCAUUUGCAACACUUUCCAUUAUGUCACUGUUACGAAUCACAGGUGUUGUUUGUUGCUGCUGGUCUUCUGCAUUACUUUCUCUUAUCUCCACUCCCUCCUGCAUGUCCUUCUAGUAAAUCGGCUCACUUUUUGUGCAUCAAAUAUUAUCCAUCACUUUUUUUGUGAUGUCAACCCUGUUCUAAAACUGUCUUGCUCUUCUACCUUUGUUAAUGAAGUAGUGGCCAUGACAGAAGGACUAGCCUUUGUGAUGCUUCCCUUUGUCUGUAUCCUCAUCUCUUACCUGAGAAUCCUCAUUGCUAUUCUCAAGAUUCCUUCAGCCCCUGGAAAACGCAAAGCCUUCUCCACCUGGAGCUCUCAUCUCACUGUGGUGACUCUAUUUUAUGGGAGUAUUAGCUAUGUUUAUUUCCAGCCUUUGUCCAGCUAUACUGUCAAGGACAGAAUUGCAACAAUCAACUACACAGUUUUAACAUCAAUGCUGAACCCAUUUAUCUACAGUUUAAGAAACAAAGACAUGAAGCAGGGCUUAGAGAAGUUAAUAAACAAGAUUAAGUAUCAAAUAGAUAGAUUUUUCUCUACAAAAGCCAAUAAAAUCCAGGCGCCCUGA